AUGGGUUGGUUUUGGGCAGACAAGAUUGAUAUAGCAUCUUCUUCACAGUUAAGCACAGCAAAACCUGCUGCUUUGCCAUCAUCGUCGUCGUCGUCGCUACUGGCUUGUCCUAUUGAUCAUUCAUCAUUCACAAAAUCAAACUCACCUUCGUCAGCAGCACCGACAUGCCCAGUUCUUGCAAAAGAUUCUGACGAGGUAUUGAACCCCAUGAACAAUAUGCCGAUGGCAAUAUCAAGUGAACUUGCACCGGGACAGAAAAUCAGGUUGUCUACGGAAAGAACCAUAUCCACCAUUCCCAGAGGCGAAUCACCUGAUCAAGGCCAAUGGGAGUACCCAUCUCCACAACAAAUGCUUAAUGCGAUGCUAGCCAAGGGCAAAGGAGAUGGUAUACCAGAAGAUGCCGUAGAAUCUAUGGUUGAAGUACACAAUUUUCUCAAUGAAGGUGCUUGGCAACAGAUAUUGGAAUGGGAGGACAAGUACACAAAGGAAACCAAGGUUGAACCACGGUUGAAAAAGUUUACUGGAAGACCGCACGAUUUAUCACCAAAAGCUAGAAUGUACUUGUGGUUGGGUCAAUUGUUUCCUGAAACUUUCAACACCAUCCCGCCAUUUGAUAGACAUGAUUGGACCGUGUUGAGAAGUCAAGGAAGGAACCAAGGCUGGAAAGAAGUUAGGUACGUUAUCGAUUACUAUAGUGCACCUGAUGAUGAGGAAACGGGUAUGCCAGCGUUCAUGUUGGAUACCAGACCCGCCUUGGAUGAUUUCGGUAGUAUCCGCGAUAGGAUUGUCACGUUUGCAGGUCCCGUUUGGAAAAAGGCAAUGGGUGAAGUUGAUGAGUUUUGA